ACUUUUGUUAUAGUUCUUGUUUUGCUAAGAUGGAGAAUUGAGCGAAUCAUUUGAUCCAGUCUGAUGAAAUUGAAAUCAUCCAGAACAUAGGAUAAUAGGUUUUGAGAAUCAGGUUAAGUUUCACUUGAUCCACUUCCCAACUAUAUUGAUUUAAAGUUAUGAGAUCCAGCUAGCUUGGUAUUCUAGUAAUAACUUCAGCUUUAAAUGGAAGUGUACAACACUAGUAGUUUCCGCCAUGCUUAACCUACUUCCUCAUCUAUAGCUCCUCUAUGAAGCCCAUUAAACCUUCCGCUACACCAUGCCUUGCCUAGUUUAUCCUUUCAUACUACUGCCAGCAAAAUUUGUGAAGGUCUGGAACAGUCAUGUUCUUUAUGACAUUGUUAUAAGAGGUCUCUAGGCAUUUGGGAGAAGCAAUGGAGGAAGGGGGCAGACAGCAUUGAAUCUGUUAUGGUGAUUAAAGUUCUUUUUGAUUUAGACUACUGUAAUAGCUCUAAGUACUAAACUUCUUUAUUUGUCUGAAUUUGUUUCUCAAAAAUAGCUCAAGUACUAAAUUGGCAUACCAUAGCCCUCAAGGUUAGAUAUACUAAGACUGCACCAACUGAACUACAUUCGAAGACCAACAUUAAAAUUUUAUGGAACAUUAUCCACCUAAAUCUGGAUUUCCAAAUUUUACCUAGCAAGGAUUCUAACAUUUAGUAAAAUUUAAUCCAGUGAAAGCCAGAAAAGUAGUUUCGAGUUCAAUAGCAAGUAGGAGAAAGCAUAUUGGGGAAAAUAAUCUCGUUAAGGUAUGAAUUCCCCCAAGAAAAUAGUUGGGCAUGUAACCUAUGGAUUUUGAUUGUUUUACGGUUGCCGAUGAGUCAAAUAAUAAUAUUCUUCCUCUCUAUUUUCUUGUACAAAUUUGCACAUUGUAAGUAAGAUGAACUAUGUUGUAUGCAGUGGAUGAUAGGCCUUUAAAGUCCACAAGAUUAGUGUCGCAGAAAUGCGUAUGUUUAGAUAAAUGUGUCACACAAGAUCGGACAAGAUUUUUUUUUUUUUUUUUGAAAAAGGUAACAGAUCGGACAAGAUUAAAAAACAACAUUCAGUUGGAGGCGAAAGUAGCACACAGAAUAAAAUGAGAAAAGGUCGUCUGAUAUGGUUUGGUAACUAAUGUCGUGCGUCGGCAUUCAGAUGAAUUGGUCUAUAAGUAUGAAACUAUAAAGAGUGAAGGCAGUAUAAAAGGGACGAGGUAGACCUAAAAUCACAACGAGUAAAGUUGUCUUGAAAGCCCAAUGGAAGAAAAAUAUUUAUAUAGGCGAUAUAGAUCAAUUAAGAUUUAGCACAUCUAAAUUUAGGUUCAAUAUUUGCUUGGAGCCCUUUAUCCCCGCUAGUGAUUUGUAUGCUAGUAGAAGUUGUUGAGAACUUCUAGUGUUAGACAAACUAAGUUUUUGUAAUAUUGGACUGAGACGGGCAUAAAUGGAGUGACACAGGCAUUGAAGAUUCAUGUAGCCGAUCACAACUUCUUGGUUUUUCUUCAUCCAAUUAUUCAAUCCCAACUUCUUGUUGUAGCUGCAGUAGUCUUGUACAGUGUUUUCAAAGGCGUUUCAGGGCGAGUCUUAGGACGGGGCGUACCAAAAAAGCUCCGGGGCGCAAAUGAAAGGUGUAAAUCAAUAGGGCGUACGCCCUAGAAUUUGGGGCGUAAGUCUCGGGAGCAGAAGCGUUAGCCCCGGGCAUAAAAGCGUACGCUUGGGCAUUAAAUUUGAUUUUUUUCUUCCGUUUUAAGAUUAUGAUUUUAUUAUUGGUGUAAAGAUAUUUAUACUUCAGGUUUUCAUGGUGUAGUGAUUUUUCCUAAAAUAUAUAAAUAAAAGAAAGCAACUCUCAUAGAAAAUAACACUGUCAUAAAUGGUCUUUUUAGAUAAUUAUGUGUGAAAUUGGUAGGAUAGAUAUUUCAUAGCACUAUGUUCCUAAAGAAAUUUUAUCCAUUUUUUGUUAUUGCUCUUACACUUUUUAACCUUCUCAUUCUUUGAAAUAUAUAAAAAAACAAUCCGCGCAAAUAUUAGUUGAGGGUGGGAAGGACUAAUAGAUGUGGCGAUUGGUGAUGAAGUGGAUGAAGAUUUCAUUUUAAAGAUUAUCUAGGCUAUAUCAUUCUUUAUGUUGUUACCUUUUUCAAAUAAUAAUUGUAACAUAUUUUUAUAUAUUAUUGGUGAUUUAUUUGAAUUUAUUUGCAUAUUUUUUUAUGAAAAUUUUACUUAUGCUUAUUUUACUUACGCCCUAUGUCUCGGGGCUUACGCCUCGCUCCGUGCUGCGUAAAACGGCUCGCCUUGCGCCCCCGCCUCUUAAAACACUGGUCUUGUAGAUUGUGAUUCUCUUCAGAAGUUUUUCAGCUUAAGUUAUUUUUCAUUAGUUGCUUCGGGAAGUUUUAAAAGGACUUCAUCAUUUAAUCUUGGGACAAGGGUCAAAAAUGUCCCUCUACUUUGGGAAAAGGGCUAAAAAUAUCCAUUACAAAUUUGGGUCAAAAAUACCCCUCUCAUCAUUAAAGUUUUCACAUAUAUCCCUGUCUUAACGGAAAUCCCCAACAUAACCCGAUUUCAUUUUUAAACCCGCUCCUUUUAAACCCGACCCAACUAAAUAAAAAACGCAUAUGGGUUACUCGCUCCUUGCCUCUCUAGAUGUAGGACUCGGGAAACAAGUUGGUCGCAUAUGAGUUUUUUAUUUAGUUGUAUCGGGUUUAAAUGGAGCGCGUUUAAAAAUGAAAUUGGAUUAUUUUAGGGAUUUCCGUUAAGAUAGGGGUAUAUUUGAAAACUUAAAUGACGGGAGAGGUAUUUUUGACUCAAAUUUGUAAUGGAGGAUAUUUCUAGCCCUUUUCCCAAAGUAGAGGGGCAUUUUUGACCCUUUUCCCUUUAAUCUUUCUUUUCCUCAACCUGCUUAAAUAUGGAACCCAAACGAGCACUGAUUAAAAAAAAUGGAAACCAAACAAUUUGUUUUAAAGGUUUUCUGCUGAGACCUGAAAUUUUCUUCCGGCCUGUUGGUUAUUCAAUGUACAGAGAGGAUUUGAUGGCAAUAUGCUCAAGAAUUGGUUCAUACUCGUGGGUGUCAGGUGUAAUCUCACCCAACAUGAAGUGCCCAAAGCUUCAAGUUCUCUCUAUCAAAAGCUCUCCACAUGUAACUGAUGAAAUCAUGAGUAAUAUUGCCUCUCAAUGCCCCUUGCUCAGGGAACUUGAUAUCAGCUUCUGCUAUGAGAUAUCUCACAAGUCUCUGUCUACAAUAGGACAGCACUGCUCUAAUUUGCAAAUUCUGAGGCGAAAUUUUAUGAACUGGUUAGAUCCAUCGCAACAUGUACGUGUUGUCCCCAGGGAGUAUCUGGAUGCCUGUCCUCAAGAUGGUGAUUCGGAAGCUGCUGCUAUUGCGAAAUUUACGCCUCAACUGUUACAACUUGAACUCCAGUUCUCCAAGUUGACUAAUAAAGGUCUAACUUUGAUAUCUGAAGGGUGUACAAACCUUGAGUAUCUGGAUCUAUCUGGGUGUGCAAAUGUUACUGGCCGGGGAAUUUCCAGCGCCUCAUCGAAUCUGAAGAAGUUGAAAACCAUGAAGAAGCCUAACUUUUACAUCCCAAGGUCAGUAUUUCACACUGAGAGGUAUGGGCACUGGCAAUUGUAUGAUGAACGAUUCCAGACAGAUGUUUUUCGCAUUUGAUCAGACAGAAUGGAGAGUGAAAAAUGUCUCUUUAAUUGUAUUGUGGUGGUCUCAAUUGUGUACCUGUAAAAAGGGUUAUGGUCAAAAUUGAAAUAGCUACUUUAUACUCUAUUUUUCUUUUUCUUUUUGAGACGGUAAACUCUUGAUAUACUUUAGAAUGCUGUGUCAUGUGCAUAGAACUCUAUGCAUGUUUUGUUAUUUGUGAUAUUUUGUUGUCCAUUUUGAUUUCGAGAUAUUCCUUACCUCCCGAGGUAGGGUAAGGUCUGUGUACACUUUACCUACCCAGACCCUACUUGUGGGACUAUGUUGUUGUUGUUGUUUUGUUCUGAUUUUGUGAUAUUGCUACUGACGAAAUAUUUCCAUGGA